CUCACUUGUGAAACAGGCCUUCGAAACAGUUGGUGGUCUGAGAAUGCCGUGCUCAGCAGUCCCCUCCCCGUUUGUUAACUGCAGAGGCCUUUAAAAAUUUGUAUAUAGGUAGAUGUAUUACAUUUAGGAACCCUAAUUCCAUAACGUGGUAAGAGAGACUGAAUUACUUUAAGCUUCCAAGAGCCAUUGACCCAAUUUAUAAGGAAUUUAUUUUGAAUUUUUUAGUGCUCAUCCUGUGGAUACUAAUUUGUUUCCCUCUCGUAAGAGUUUCUUGACAGUAGAUGAACCAACUACACAGUGGUUUGAGUAGGGCUUCAUCGGAGCUUGCAGCGAUCUCUCAUUUUAUGGUGAUUUGUGCGGAGGUUUUUUUGGAGUUUUUCUGCCUUGGAGGGUGGUGUGCAUGCACAGUGGUAAACGGGAAAAGCCAUUUGUUCCUUCAGGAAAAAGCCUGAGAAGACAGUUCUGUAGUAAAACCUUAACUAUAGAUGGAGCAGUCGUGUUUAACCGUGAUAGUAAAGCAACCAUUGGCCAAACCUAUCAAAUGGCCCCAUCUAAUUUCCUGUAACGCGAAUAUUUAUAACCGUUGGGUUCAGAGGUAUCUCUUUGACUUACCCGUUUGUUUGCAUAGCAUAAGAAAUGCUUUAAAAUGUCUUAUGUGUCGGUAGAUAUUUUAAAAUAAUGCUAUUCCAACUUUUAUUUUCUAUUUCAUGUGACGUAUAAAGUUGCAGAAUUAGCUGGAAUACUGAUCUCUGCUGGCAAGAAAUGCACAUUGAACGGCAUCUGUCCAAUUAAGUUAAAAACAAAGGAAGUUCCUGUGUGUAGUUUCCUGUCUCCUACGGCAAAAGCAAACCAAAAAGCCUUGGUUAAUCACGACGCCCUUUUUCAGAGUAUUCGAUAUUAACAGUAUGAAUUUUAAUGUGCUAAGUUGUUAGCUCGAUGUUCUUGUUCACUUUAUCGGAGUCGUUUUCUUAAAAGGUAAAUGACUGCUUCUCUUUUGCUUUCCCAGAGCACAGCGAUGGAGGAAACAGCGAUAUGGGAACAGCACACAGUGACGCUUCACAGGGCUCCUGGGUUUGGAUUUGGAAUUGCAAUAUCCGGCGGGAGAGAUAACCCUCAUUUUCAGAGCGGGGAAACCUCCAUCGUCAUUUCCGACGUGCUGAAGGGAGGACCUGCCGAGGGGCAGCUGCAGGAAAAUGACCGUGUUGCGAUGGUUAAUGGAGUGUCCAUGGAUAAUGUCGAACAUGCCUUCGCCGUUCAGCAGCUGAGGAAGAGCGGGAAGACGGCGCGAAUUACCAUUCGAAGAAAGAAGAAGGUUCAGAUGCCCGUGAGCCGCCCCGAGCCCGCGCCGGCGUCUGAGCAGGAGGAAGACAGCUACGAGGAGGACACGCACGACCACAGGAGCAGCCGCGGGGCCCUGGCGGGCAGGCGGAGCGAGAAGAGCUGGGCGAGGGACAGGAGCGCAAGCAGAGAGAGGAGUCUGUCCCCGCGAUCCGACAGGCGGUCUGUGGCCUCCAGUCAGCCCGCCAAACCCACCAAAGUCACGUUGGUCAAAUCCCGGAAAAAUGAAGAAUAUGGUCUUCGACUGGCCAGCCAUAUAUUUGUAAAGGAGAUUUCACAGGACAGUUUGGCAGCAAGAGAUGGCAACAUUCAAGAAGGCGAUGUUGUGUUAAAGAUAAAUGGUACCGUGACUGAAAAUAUGUCACUGACAGAUGCAAAGACAUUGAUCGAGAGGUCUAAAGGCAAGCUAAAGAUGGUAGUCCAGCGCGAUGAGCGGGCCACCCUGCUGAACGUCCCCGACCUCGCCGACAGCAUCCACUCCGCUAACGCCUCUGAGCGAGACGACAUCUCAGAAAUUCAGUCGCUGGCAUCAGAUCAUUCUGGUCCGUCACAUGACAGGGCGCCCUACCACAGCCGGUCACGAUCUCCCGACCAGCGGUCGGAGCCAUCUGAUCAUUCCAGACACUCGCCACAGCAGCCCAGCAGUGGCAGUCACCGGAGCAGAGAGGAGGAGAGAGUUUCUAAACCUGGGACCGUCUCGACCCCUGUCAAGCACGCAGAGGACCACACACCCAAGACUGUGGAAGAAGCGAUAGUUGAGAGAAAUGAGAAACAAGCCCCCGCUCUUCCAGAACCAAAGCCUGUGUAUGCUCAGGUUGGACAACCAGAUGUGGAUUUACCUGUCAGCCCGUCUGACGGUGUCCUGCCAAAUUCAACGCACGAAGAGGGGAUUCUCCGGCCCAGCAUGAAAUUGGUAAAAUUCAGAAAAGGAGAUAGUGUGGGCUUGCGGCUGGCUGGUGGCAAUGAUGUCGGAAUAUUUGUAGCUGGCGUUCUAGAAGAUAGCCCUGCAGCCAAAGAAGGCCUGGAAGAGGGUGACCAAAUUCUCAGGGUAAACAACGUCGACUUCACCAACAUCAUACGAGAGGAAGCUGUGCUCUUCCUGCUCGACCUCCCGAAAGGAGAGGAGGUGACCAUUCUGGCCCAGAAAAAGAAGGACGUUUAUCGUCGCAUCGUGGAGUCAGACGUAGGAGAUUCUUUCUACAUUAGAACCCACUUUGAGUACGAGAAGGAGUCGCCCUAUGGCCUCAGUUUCAACAAAGGCGAGGUGUUCCGUGUCGUGGACACCCUGUACAACGGGAAGCUGGGCUCGUGGCUGGCGAUUCGAAUCGGCAAGAGUCACAAGGAGGUGGAACGGGGCAUCAUCCCUAAUAAGAACAGAGCUGAGCAGUUGGCCAGUGUGCAGUACACACUUCCAAAGACAGCAGGAGGGGACCGUGCGGACUUCUGGCGGUUCCGAGGCCUGCGCAGCUCCAAGAGGAACCUCCGGAAAAGCAGGGAGGACUUGUCGGCUCAGCCGGUCCAGACGAAGUUCCCGGCCUAUGAAAGGGUCGUUCUUCGGGAAGCUGGAUUCCUGAGGCCUGUAACCAUCUUCGGACCGAUAGCUGACGUGGCCAGAGAAAAGCUGGCGAGAGAAGAGCCAGAUAUUUAUCAGAUUGCAAAGAGCGAACCCCGAGAUGCUGGGACUGACCAGCGCAGCUCCGGCAUCAUUCGCCUUCAUACAAUAAAGCAGAUAAUAGACCAGGACAAGCAUGCUUUAUUAGAUGUGACCCCAAAUGCAGUCGAUCGUCUGAAUUACGCCCAGUGGUACCCCAUUGUGGUAUUCCUGAACCCCGAUUCCAAGCAGGGCGUGAAGACAAUGAGGAUGAGGCUGUGUCCAGAGUCUCGGAAGAGUGCCAGGAAAUUAUACGAGCGGUCUCACAAACUUCGUAAAAAUAACCACCAUCUUUUUACAACUACGAUUAACUUAAAUUCAAUGAACGACGGGUGGUAUGGUGCCCUGAAGGAAGCCAUUCAGCAGCAGCAGAACCAGCUGGUGUGGGUCUCUGAGGGGAAGGCGGACGGUGCUACAAGUGAUGACCUUGAUUUGCAUGACGAUCGGCUGUCCUACCUGUCAGCCCCGGGUAGCGAAUACUCAAUGUAUAGCACGGACAGUAGACACACUUCUGACUAUGAAGACACAGAUACAGAAGGCGGGGCCUACACUGAUCAAGAACUAGAUGAAACUCUUAAUGAUGAGGUUGGGACUCCCCCAGAGUCUGCCAUUACCCGGUCCUCUGAGCCCGUAAGAGAGGACUCCUCUGGAAUGCAUCAUGAAAGCCAACCCUUUCCUCCUUACACACCACAAGCGCAGCCACAGCCAGUCCAUAGAAUAGACUCCCCGGGAUUUAAAACAGCCUCUCAACAGAAAGCAGAAGCCUCAUCUCCAGUCCCUUACCUUUCGCCUGAAACAAACCCAGCACCAUCAACCUCUGCCGUUAAUCACAGUGUAAAGUUCACUCAUGUCAGACUGGAGGAGCCCGCCCCAGCCCCUCCCGCCUCUCACGCACCACAAGCUGACCCUUUACGAGCACCAAGUGCCGAGGCAGCUCACACGCUGCUAAGGGACCAAGGAGCCUCACUGCCGCCGCAUGUAGACCCACCACAGGUGUAUAGAAAGGACCCCUAUCCCGAGGACACAAGGCAGAACCACGUUCUGAAGCAGCCGGCUGUGGGUCACCCAGGCCAGAGGCCAGACAGGGAGCCUAAUCUGAGCUUCGAGCACCACCCCCAGUAUGCAGAGAAACAGGCCAGCAGAGACCUGGAGCAGCCCGCGUACAGAUACGACUCCUCGGGCUACGCAGACCAGUUCUCUCGGAACUUUGACCACCGCGUGCGCUACGAGGAGCGCGUCCCUGCCUACGAGGAGCACUGGUCCUACUACGAAGACAAGCAGCCCUACCAGCCUCGGCCUCCUUUUGAGAAUCAGCACUCUCGAGACCUGGACUCCAGGCAGCAUCCUGAAGAGUCCUCAGAACGAGGGUACUUCCCACGGUUCGAGGAGCCAGCCCCUCUGUCCUAUGACAGCAGAGCCCGCUAUGACCAGCCACCCAGGCCCUCCACGCUGCGACAUGAAGAGCCGCCGGCUCCUGGAUAUGACGUGCAUGGUAGAUACAGGCCCGAGGCACAGCCCUACUCCUCAGGCCCGAAGGCAGCUGAGCCCAAGCAGUAUUACGACCAGUACCCACGAGGUUAUGAGCAAGUCCCAUCGCAGGGCUUCCCCUCGAAAGCAGGCCCUUACGAGCCUCUGCACGGUGCUGCGGCGGCCCCCCUGCAGGUGCCUGCGGCUCAGCACAAGCCGGAACCCCCUCCCGCCAGCACCAAGCCGCUGCCCCCGCCCCCAGCUCCAGCUGAGGAAGAGGAGGACCCUGCCAUGAAGCCGCAGUCCGUGCUCACGAGGGUGAAGAUGUUUGAGAACAAAAGGUCUGCGUCCUUGGAGAGCAAAAAAGAGGAAAACCACACCACUGGCUUCAAGCCCCCGGAGGUAGCAGCUAAACCUUCAGGCGCUCCCAUCGUCGGUCCCAAAGCUCCUCCUCAGAGUCAAUUCAGUGACCACGACAAGACACUGUACAGGAUCCCAGAACCUCAGAAACCUCAGCCGAAGCCCCCUGAAGAUAUCGUCCGGUCAAAUCAUUAUGACCCUGAGGAAGAUGAAGAAUAUUACCGGAAACAGCUCUCCUACUUCGACCGAAGGAGUUUUGAGAACAAGCCUCCUGCCCACAUCCCUGCCGGCCACCUCCCGGAGCCGGCCAAGCCCGUUCACUCCCAGCAUCAGCCGAGCCUGUCUAGUUACGCUUCGAAGGGCAAGUCUGCGGACACUGACGCUGUGGAGAGAGCGUUCGAGAAGCGCUACGACCCGGGGCAGCCUGCGCCCGGCCCCGCGCUCCACGCCCACGCCCACGCCCACGCCAAAGGAGCCCACGGGGAAGGUAAUUCAGUGUCAUUGGAUUUUCAGAAUUCUUUAGUAUCCAAACCAGAGCCGCCUCCAUCUCAAAAUAAACCAACAACUUUCAGACCAAUGAACCGAGAGGAUCCCGCUCAGUCCACCUUCUACGCCCAGAAAAGUUUCACAGAUAAAGCUCCUGUGAACGGGACCGAACAGACUCAAAAAACAGUCGCCCCAGCCUACAAUCGGUUCACCCCCAAACCAUACACCAGUUCUGCGCGGCCCUUUGAGCGCAAGUUUGAAAGCCCUAAAUUCAGUCACAACCUCCUGCCAAGCGAAUCCGCGCACAAGCCCGACGUGUCUUCAAAGGUCCCCACGUCUCCCAAAACCCUCAUGAAAGCACAGCCUCCCGAGUUCGACAGCGGAGUGGAGACGUUCUCCGUCCACGCAGACAAGCCUAGGUACCAGGCGAACAGCGUCAGCGCCGUGCCCAAGGCUGUCCCCGUGAGCCCCACAGCUGUGCCGGACGAGGGCGACGGUGAGGAUGGCCACACCGUGGUGGCCACGGCCCGCGGCGUGUUCAACGGCAACGGCGGGGUGCUGAGCUCCAUAGAGACGGGCGUCAGCAUCAUCAUCCCGCAGGGCGCCAUCCCCGAGGGCAUGGAGCAGGAGAUCUACUUCAAGGUCUGCAGGGAUAACAGCAUCCUGCCGCCGCUGGACAAGGAGAAGGGAGAGACCCUGCUGAGCCCGUUAGUGAUGUGCGGGCCCCAUGGCCUCAAGUUCCUGAAGCCCGUGGAGCUGCGCCUGCCACACUGUGCGUCCAUGACUCCUGACGGUUGGUCUUUUGCUCUAAAAUCAUCCGACUCCUCGUCGGGUGAUCCUAAAACCUGGCAAAACAAGUGUCUUCCUGGAGAUCCCAAUUACCUUGUGGGAGCCAACUGCGUUUCUGUCCUGAUCGACCACUUUUAAUUCUGAAAAUAGGAACUCGAUUAAAUAAUGUGAACCGGGUAAAACUUAACUAAAUCUAAAUGGAACCACUCUAUCAAGUAUUAUACUUUCCUUAGAAUCGAUGCUCCACUCUGGUAGUAUUAAGCGUUCUGUUUGAACUGAUGAAGAUGAGGGAGCGCGCUCCUGAGCCGAGGUCAGAAAACGCGCUGCGAGCUGCGUGUUUGCGCCGGAAGAACUUGGCGUUGGCGAGAGGUUCAAAGACGUUUGCUUCACGAUGAUUCCUGUACUUUUCACGGUCACUGCUUAACUUCACAUACUGAUUUCCGUUAAAAUACCAGCCGGUAAAGGGGUGCAUUUGAGUUCUGUUCUUUCCAAAGUACACUGCUCCCACUCGAUUGGGGCCCUGGCCUGGCACACACAUUUUAUUUUAUUUUAUUAUGCAUGAGGUAAUAUGCACACAUUUAAAAAUGCACCUGGAGUAUAUAACCAGUGUAGUGGACUUAACAGAAAUGUACAGCAGGGGGUUUAUCACUUUGGGGUGGGGGGUCGAGUGAGGACAAUUACUGAUUGUACGUGAAAACACUUUCUUAGGGAAGGACACCAAAGCAGGUGGCUGGUGCCGUGGCCUCUGGACCUAUAAAUUAACCAUAUCACCAGACAUACUAACCAGCAGGAGUGCCUUACCCUCCUGUUUUUAACUCUUAGGGCGUUCUCUCUGUGUAGGACUAAGUUUUUACGGCUUUUGUGCGCAUCUGGAUACUGAAUCAUGAACCAGGUUGAGGAAAUUGGGGGGUUGGGGGGCUCAGAAGCGUGAGAUCACCCAGAAGAAAAUAACGGUGUGAUUUGGGAUUUUUUUUAUUUUUAUUUUUUUGGCGAGGGGCAGCGGUGGUCUUGGUUUUUUGGGGGUUUUUUUGGGGGGCUACGCAUUUGAAGAUUCCGAUGUUUUAAGGAGGCUUGUACAUAACGCGUGCAUACCACUUUUGUUCUUGGUUUGUAAAUUAACUUUUAUAAACUCUACCUUUUUUAUACAUAAACAAAACCACGUUUCUUAAGGCAGCCUUUUGUAUUCUCUCCUGUACCUCUUGAGCCUCGAACUUCGACCUCUGCAGCAAUAAAGCGGCAUUUUUAUGACACACACAAGGUCAUUUUUUUAAAGUAAAAGAAUGCACAGAGUUGUUACAUUUUUAAGCGCUGCAUUUAAAAGAUACAGUUACUCAGAAUUCUCUAGUUUGAUUAAAUUCUUGCAAAAUAUCCCUACUGUAAUUUGUGAUACAAUGCUGUGCCCUAAAGUGUAUUUUUUUACUAAUAGACGAUUUAUUAUGGCACAUCAGCACGACUUCCGUUUGGAUAACACACCACUACAUUCUGUUAAUCAUUAGGUGUGACUGGAUUUCUUUUGCGGUUAUUAAAAAGUCUCAAAUUUCUAAAUCUGCAGAAUAAAACUUUUUAAAAUAAA